AUGACAAGCUCACGGACUCCACAAAUUUCUUCGAAGGAGCAAGCCAAACUUUUGUCGCGCGGCGAAGAGCUCACCAAGCAGGAAUCAUCGCUGAAGCGUGAAUACACUACCAUGCUGCGAAAACUCGCAAGCGUCACAGCCGUUCUACAGGAGCUGGAAGACGAUCCCCGAGUCGCAGAACGAGUGAUCUCUGAAGCGGCACUUUUAAAGGUGCCUGAUCUGAAACCAUAUUCGCGUUUACUAGACGAACUCGAUAAUAAGGCGCCUGAGGAUAUAGAAAUCCCAGACUUUCUCCAAGAGUCAUAUGCGCUCUAUAAAAGUGCACCACUUCUUUACAAAGACCUCUGA